UUUAAGGGAAUGCAUAACUUUUUUUUUUUUUUUUUUUUUUUAAACAUCAGUCACACAUGCUUGCUUCAGUCAGUGGAACUCAUGUUGCUUUAAGGCUGUAGCAGCACACGCAGGAUUUUAACCCUUUGUCACUUGUGUCUGCAGAGAGCCACAAGUGGGAAAAGAUCUGAGGGGGGCCCAGCAUCUUUCUGCCAGCUGCUGAUGUGCGUGGAAGGGAGGUCAGGUUGACAUCAUGAGUGACCGCUUCGACUGCAAAAACUGCGCAGAGUCCUUGUAUGGACGCAAGUACAUCCAGGUGGAGGACAACCCUCACUGCAUCCCCUGCUAUGACCGCCUGUACGCCAACACCUGUCAGGAGUGUAAAGAAAUCAUCAGUCACAAUGCCAAGGAGCUCUUCUACAACAACAAAUACUACCACGACCACUGCUUCCGCUGCGUGCGGUGCGAUCGCUCCCUGGCCGGCGAGCCGUUCACCAGCCAGGACGACGCGCUAGUGUGCAGCGAGUGCUACGGCAACGAGUUCUCCGCCAAGUGUGUGGCCUGCGACAAGAAAGUCAUGCCUGGAUCCAAGCUGCUGGAGUACGGCGGCUCCACGUGGCACGAGGAGUGCUUCAUGUGUCACGGGUGCGAGAAGCCCAUCGGCGGCGAGGCCUUCUUCCCAGACAACAGCAACUUCUACUGCAUGCCGUGCUACGAGGGCAGGCUGGCCCCUCGCUGCAGCUGCUGCAAAAAGGCUCUGACUAAAGGAGGGGUGACCUACAGGGACGAGGUGUGGCACAAAGAGUGCUUCCUCUGCACGGGAUGCCAAACCCCUCUGGCCGGGCAACCUUUCACCUCGGAGGGGGAAAAGCCCUUCUGCGUCAAGUGCUUCAGCAGCCUCUACGCCAAGAAAUGCGCCGGCUGCAACACGGCCAUCACAGGUUUCGGAGAUGGCAAGUACGUCUCCUUCGAGGAGCGGCAGUGGCACCAGCCCUGCUUCAAGUGCUCCCGCUGCUCCGUGUCGCUGAUCGGCUCCGGCUUCUUCCCAGACCGGGAUCAGAUUCUGUGUACAGACUGCAACAAUGACGACUGAGCCGCCGCAAAACUUUACCAAAAAACAUCCCUCCUCGUAACUAAAUACGCCAUUUACCGGCUUGAAGAUCAGAAAGGAGUCGGUCCACCGUAGAAUCCAGUAGUUGUUGAAAUGAACAAUUACUUUUCAUAUUUGGACUAAAUAUAGUAAACGCGUCCACCAAACAGGAUUAAAACAUGCAACUUCCCAUUCAAUGCAAAGUAGGCUUCAAAAUAAAAGCAUGCUGGUAUUAACCAAAGCAACUACUAAAAUGCACCCAUUUAUUUAUUGGUUUGUUUUUGGAUUGUUAGAUUGAGCUUAAUUGCAGCAUGAACAAUAAAAAAAUAUGCAUGACAAAUGAGAAAAAGGAUGUCAAUAAACUGUCGUAGGUUAAAAAUCCUUUGUCUCCCAUUUUUCUGACCCGUGCUCGAUACAUUUUUAGUUACGUACUUAACAAAAAACAAUGUACUGAAGUAGAGAUGUCCGAUAAUAUCGGCCGAUUAAUGCUUUAAAAUGUAAUAUCGGAAAUUAUCGGUAUCGUUUUUGUUUUUUUAUCGGUAUCGUUUUUUUUGUUUUUUUUAUUAAAUCAACAUAAAAAACACAAGAUACACUUACAAUUAGUGCACCAACCCAAAAAACUUCCCUCCCCCAUUUACACUCAUUCACACAAAAGGGUUGUUUCUUUCUGUUCUUAAUAUUCUGGGUCCUACAUUAUAUAUCAAUAUAUAUCAAUACAGUCUGCAAGGGAUACAGUCCGUAAGCACACAUGAUUGUGCGUGCUG